AUGAAUAAACAUUGUACAUCAUGUUUUCAUCGUCAUCACAUUGACAGUGUUCGUUCGUCUGAUUGUUCUCAACAAAUUGAUGAUUCACAUUUGUUAAUCAAUAAUCAACCAGAGUGUCAUCAUCAUCGAAAUAAUCACAAUAGUAGUUUAAUCCAACAUGAUCAAUUGAUUAAAUCAACAAGUACAGCUGCUUUUCGAAAACGACGUACAGCAAUACCUUCUAAUCAUCAUCAUCAACGAUUACAAUCUUUGUCAUUUUCAACUCUUCUUAUUUUAAUUCGUUUAUUGAUAUUAUUUAUUAUUGGUUUUACACUUUAUUAUGCUUUUAUUUAUAUUUAUCCAAAACCUAAAAGAAACGGAUGGGAACGAGUUUGGUAUACAAUAAUUGAUUGGCUUUCUGGAGAAUAA